AUGAUUGAAAUGGAGCAAUAUGUUUUGGCAGGUGAUUGUCCCAUUAAACUUCAGCCUGUUAAGUUAGCUGUGGAGUUUGGGGCUUCAGCCUCAGCUAACUGUUCCACAACCAUCAACCACCAUGGCAUGGGCUGGGAGGCAUCGGAGGGAGCAGUAGACAUGGUGGACGAUGUCCAGUUCAUCACCUGGAGGGUAGAGAGCCUCACACACUGGGACAUAGAACCAAUUUGCUACAUCAACACAAACGAGCAGUGCUAUCUCAGUCUCCCAGUUACUGUUUACAAGCGUCCAGACCGGGUUUCCAUCAGCACUGUGGGUCACACAGGGCCGAUGACUGAAGGCAGCCAGUACGAGCUCCAGUGUGAUGUUCAGAAUGUUGCUCCUGUUCAUCUCCUCACUGUGAACUGGUACAAAGGACAACAUCUAGUGAAAAGUGUAGAAUCUGAUCACCAUUCCUCCAUAACCCCAAUAAACUAUUCUAAUACACUCUGGAUCUCCACAAGCAAAGAUGAUGAUGGAGUUCAGUACAGAUGUGAGGCAGAACUGAAACUGGGACCAGAAGGACCUCAACCUCCUCCUGUAGUGACAUCAGAUCCUCUCAACAUUACAGUGCACUGUGAUUGUCCCAUUAAACUUCAGCCUGUUAAGUUAGCUGUGGAGUUUGGGGCUUUAGCCUCAGCUAACUGUUCCACAACCAUCAACCAACAUGGCAUGGGCUGGGAGGCAUCGGAGGGAGCAGUAGACAUGGUGGACGAUGUCCAGUUCAUCACCUGGAGGGUAGAGAGCCUCACACACUGGGACAUAGAACCAAUUUGCUACAUCAACACAAACGAGCAGUGCUAUCUCAGUCUCCCAGUUACUGUUUACAAGCGUCCAGACCGGGUUUCCAUCAGCACUGUGGGUCACACAGGGCCGAUGAUUGAAGGCAGCCAGUACGAGCUCCAGUGUGAUGUUCAGAAUGUUGCUCCUGUUCAUCUCCUCACUGUGAACUGCAAAGAUGAUGAUGGAGUUCAGUACAGAUGUGAGGCAGAACUGAAACUGGGACCAGAAGGACCUCAACCUCCUCCUGUAGUGACAUCAGAUCCUCUCAACAUUACAGUGCACUGUGAUUGUCCCAUUAAACUUCAGCCUGUUAAGUUAGCUGUGGAGUUUGGGGCUUCAGCCUCAGCUAACUGUUCCACAACCAUCAACCACCAUGGCAUGGGCUGGGAGGCAUCGGAGGGAGCAGUAGACAUGGUGGACGAUGUCCAGUUCAUCACCUGGAGGUAUGAUAGAAUUUCUACUCUUUCCCCACAGAGCGUCCAGACCGGGUUUCCAUCAGCACUGUGGGUCACACAGGGCCGAUGA